AUGGGAGAGUGCUUCCUGCGUCAUUUGCCCGCGCAUGGGGGCAUUUCACUGCACAAAUUCGAGCCUAACGCUCACAUCCUAGUAGUCCCUGGAGUAGACGAUGAGCGGGUCGAGGAAUGGAGUAAAGCUCACAAUGUACCGCUCGUCUACGACCUUACUAGGAAGGACACCCAGGCCUCGAACAUCCAGGUUUCGGUACUUGAACACCAACUGACAUCGAUAACAUUCAAGCAAUGGGGUCAGUUGGAUCUCCAGGCACAGCGAUUGCUCGCUAAAGUAGAAAACUUCCUUGAUACGUGGGAUUCAGAGCGGCGACCUCUUCUGUUCCUGUGUCACAGUCUAGGCGGACUCAUCUUGAAGCGACUACUUGUACAUGCGCGCCGACGAGAUGAAGGCACCAAACUCUUGUUCGACUCUCUCGCUGGCAUAGUCUUUCUGGGAAGUCCUCAUCUCCGGGAUAGCAACAAGUCAGAAUGGAACAAAGUGCCGGCCAUUCUUGAGCUUCGUAUGCUAUCAUUACCUGAAGACCUUGCAGAUAUAUCCAAGCUACAACGACUAGCUCAAUGGUCGCGAGAUUUCGAACACCUGAACUUACCCGUCCCCGUUUUGUCUACGAGAGAAGGAAAGAAAAGUAAGAAAAAGAAGAAGAAGAGAUGGUGGAAUAUGGCGUCCGCAGGCGAGAGUAUAGACAUUAUGGGCACAAACUCUUCUCUAGCAUGCACUAGCCUAACGAACGAGGAUGUUGUGCUUGUCGAUACUGACCAUAACGGGUUAUGCACACUCACCGAAAGCAGCAAGUUCAGAACUACUCUCAUUAAGUUUUGUCAAGAUUCUCUCCACCUGACUCGAGACAAAUUGAGUUUGUCUAGCCCCAUAUUACAACGCCCUGAGCUAGAAGGUGCCGCGAGAGCAGAUACAUACAAAGUGCUCAGCGGCGAACCUGUCGAUAUAGGAACAUUGCAAACACAAUUGCAAAACCACACUCAAGCUGCAUUCGAUCCUGUAUAUGGCCACUUACAGCGACCUAGGGAUAAGGGGCUCAUUCAAUUCAAGCUGAAGCUUCCUUGUUAUCUACUCGACGAUUCCGUGGCUGUGAGGGACUUCUUUGGUAGAGAGGAUGUACUUGGAGAGAUUGAUGAACAUCUACUUGUCAAAGAGGGGCAAGACGUGAUGUCAGAGUUGAAAACAGUGGCACUCUCUGGCAUGGGAGGCAUAGGGAAAACCUCAAUCGCGUAUCAUUUCGUCAAGAGUCGACGGGACAAGUUUGAUGCCAUCUUUUGGUUGAAUGCUGAUACCGCUGGGAAGCUAGCCAGCAGUUUCGGCGAAAUGGCACUCGAGUUAGGUCUACAGAAACCAGAAGAGGAUAGGGACUGGGUGAUGAGUAAGAAUCUGGUACUUCAGUGGCUCGAGAAUCCUGUCAAGACGUACGGGUGUCAAGCCACGACAACACCACCCAAAGCCCGGUGGCUACUGGUGCUCGACAAUGUUGAUGACUUCGAAGUCAUGGAAGGGUUCUGGCCUCCGAGAGGGACAGGAUCUAUACUCAUGACAAGCAGAGCACCGCAUGUUGGAAAACUGACCUCUUACUCUGAUGCGGAUCAUGAAACAUCCACCCACAGGAUCGCUCUGGAACCAUUCUCCGAAGAAGAGGCCCAGAGAUUUCUACACAAGCUAACAAAUCAGGAACGGACACGCGACAGUGAGCAAGCAGCGCGGAAACUUGCUCGCCGUAUUCAAGGCUAUCCCCUGUUUCUUACACAGUUUGCCGGCAUGAUGAGCGACGGACCAUCCAGCUUCAAUGAUCUGCUCAAGAUUUACAACGAGGAGCUCCAUCACCACAAGCUACAUGGAGAAAGGCAGGAGAUACGCAACAGCAAAUAUCCACACACGACCGCUACAGUAUGGAUGCUUGAGAAGCUUGAUUCAGCUGCCCGUAUGGUUAUGAAUGUCUUAUCAUUUCUCGACCCCGAUUCCAUUCAGGAAGACAUCUUGACGGAAGGUGCGGCAACUGUCAAGGCUAGAGAUUAUCCAAAGACCUGGACAGAUUAUUGUGCAGCCCGCCAAGCACUCUGGAGGCGGUCACUAGUCAGAACUGCAGAGAAACGAAGCAGGAACGAAAUGAAUGAGGUUUUGGUGACUGAUGACACCUCUGAGAAGGACACCGGGUCUGCGAUAGGAUCUGGCGAAGAAGCUGUCGAACAGAUCAAAUCCCACUUGAGCGUACAUCGUGUCGUUCAAGAUGCAUCGCGUUCUCAAAUGACUAAGGAACAUCAACGCGAGGCAUUUGACACGGCUGUUAGUUUGCUGCUCACCCGAUGGAAUCGGAAGGAAAGACUUUGGCACUACGACAGGAAAGACUGGCCAAGAGCCGAGCAUCUGUAUCCGCAUGUUGUUCAAAUACGACAUCACUAUGAGAAGCUAGGAUCAGAAAGCCAGAAAGCCGUCGCUAGUGUAGAAUUUGUGAGGCUACUCGACUGCGCCGCAUGGUUCAACCACGAACGAGGAAGGUCUCAAGAAGCAAAGGAACUUCUGACUACUGCGUUCACCAUGUGCAAGGAGCAUUUAGAUUGCAACCAGGGCCUUAUGUUCGAAAUUCAUACUAGCCUUGGUUGUGUGGCCACCGAGGUCAACGAUCCAGAAACAUGUUACGAACACUACAAAAGUCUUCUAGAGAUGACCGAAGAAAAGUACCCAGAUCCUCAGAGCGAAGCGGACUAUGAUGCUUUGAUGGUGGCCAAUAACGAGAUGGGUAUUGCCGAGAUGAUGAUAGGCCGGACCCCCAAAGCCAGGAAACUUUUUGAAACUGCGCUCGACCAAGGGUCUCGUUUCCGCGAUUCUUCGGAAACAGCUAAGUCGAUCUAUCUUCUCGCAUCUGCCAACCUUGGGUUAGCUCAAUGGACCGACGGGCAAUACGAAGAGGCUUCCAACACGCUGCUGCAAGCAUGGAACUAUCACGAGGAGCUGACUCAAGCUGGGGAAGACACAGGCUUUGCGCCUGGUAGGAUUGCUCAUGCUCUUGGCAACGUCAGGGAUAGUCAGAAUGGGGAGGAUGCAGGCAAGGACGAAAAAAAGGCGCUUGAAUGGUAUAAAAGAGCAUACGAACAUUACGAGAAAACGAUCGGCAAGUACCAUCAUAGAUCAGCGGACGUCUGUCACAAGCUUGCGGCAAAGUACAUUGAGCUUGGAGACUUCAAUAAGGCACGCGAUCGUAUCGAUCACGCCCUAAAGGUCUUCAAAACUCGAGACUACUACAAACCCGAACACGCCCGGACCAAGAAUCUGGAGAGUAUCCUAGCACGACGCGAGGGCAAGCUUGAAGAGGCUGACAAGAUCCACGAGGAGGCCAAGAAGCUGUAUUGGAAGCAUAUGGACGAUGCGAAGAAAGGGAGACUCAAGAGCAAGUCUCCGACGGAAGCAGACUUCGAUAAUAGCGUAGCAUUCUGGUCUCGCUAG